AUGCGUGACACAACCCGCAGGAAAAGACAUUUAGAGAAACCUCCUUUACUAUCCAGUUUAAUAUGUAUGGUAAUUGCAACCCACAACAUUCUAGAAGCAUCGUUGCUUGAAGAUUCGUCCAUUGAACAAUCCUCUGGGCAAGGUGGUACACAACUUAAUGGCUAG